GCGUGAGAUGAUUGUGUACGCAAUUGAUUCGUCGACGAUUUGAGGAUAUUAACGUAGAAAGACGUAGUGCUCUUGUUAUUUUCUAACAAAGCUUGUAAUGUACGUAUGUUGAUUAUGUGAAUUGUGUUAUUUUAGGGCUGCGUGAGAGAGUGCUUUGGUGGUCAUAGUUUAUCUGAGCGAGAAAGAUUGAAUUCCUGAAGAAUAGUGAGAAUGGCCAAUAAUACCAAUCCAUUUGACCGGCUAUUAAAAACCAUAGAAAUUGAUGGUGCAACUUACAAAUAUUAUGAUUUGAUUGGAUUGAAUGAUCCUAGAUAUGAAAAACUUCCAUUUUCAAUUCGUGUCUUAUUGGAAGCAUCAGUCCGCUGCUGUGACAACUUUCAAGUAAAAGAAACUGACAUUGGAAACAUCUUAAAUUGGGAGAACUUGCAAAAUAAAGAAGGUGGAAUUGAAGUUGCAUUUAAUCCAGCUAGAGUGAUACUUCAGGAUUUUACAGGAAUACCAUGUGUGGCAGAUUUUGCAGCUAUGAGAGAUGUGGUUCAGAAACUAGGUGGUGACCCUGAGAAAGUAAAUCCCUUGUGUCCUGCUAAUCUUGUGAUUGACCACUCUGUUCAAGUAGACUUUUCUGAAAGCACUCUCCGUGACAGCCCUAACCCUGGUGGCGGGAGUCGAGUUACCUCCGGAAAUGAGAAAUAUCACUUUGGAUCUUCCAUAAAGCAAGAAAGCAACUCAUUUUCUCCCAAGUUUAAUUGUUGCUCAAAAUAUACAAAUGGCGAAAGUCCCGCAAAGCCUUUAUUUGCAUUUAAAAGUGAACAUACUUCCAGUGAGCGCACAAGAAUUUGGAGGAAAAACAGUAAUAAUGUCACUGUUUGUAAUAAAAUGGCUCAUAUAAAAAAAGAACUUCCUAAUCCAAUAGUUUCACCUCAUCCUAAUUUUCCUCUUCAAUAUGGAACCUGUCCUAUGCAUAAAGCAAGAUCUAUAGGUUCUGAUGCUUUAGAAAAGAACCUUGAUCUAGAAUUUGAAAGAAAUAAAGAAAGAUUUGCCUUCCUAAAGUGGGGAUCUAAAGCUUUCAAAAAUAUGACAAUAGUUCCACCAGGCUCCGGUAUAUGCCAUCAGGUCAACCUUGAAUAUCUUGCACGUGUUGUGUUCAAUAACAAUGGACUUCUUUAUCCUGAUAGUUUAGUGGGAGCUGAUUCUCAUACAACCAUGAUCAAUGGUUUAGGCAUAGUUGGAUGGGGUGUUGGUGGUAUAGAAGCAGAGGCUGUAAUGCUAGGGCAAGCUAUUAGUAUGGUUCUACCUCAAGUGGUUGGAUAUAAGCUAGUGGGCAAAGUAAAUCCUAUGGUGACAUCAACUGAUGUUGUUCUUACUAUCACUAAGCAUCUCAGACAAGUUGGUGUUGUGGGGAAGUUUGUAGAAUUUUUUGGUCCUGGAGUAGCAGAGUUAUCAAUUGCUGACAGAGCUACUAUUUCAAAUAUGUGCCCUGAAUAUGGAGCUACUGUUGGCUUCUUUCCUGUUGAUGACAAAAGUAUACUUUAUUUGAAACAGACAGGUCGUGAAGAAAAGCAUUUGAAAUAUGUGAAAAGUUACUUAGAAGCUGUACAUAUGUAUAGAGAUUAUAAUAAACCAGAUCAGGAUCCAGUAUUUUCUGAAGUUGUAGAAUUAGAUCUAGGCUCUGUUGUUUCUUCUGUAAGUGGGCCAAAACGGCCACAUGAUCGGGUACCUGUACAAGAAAUGAAGAAAGACUUCCAGAGUUGUCUUGUAAAUAAGGUAGGAUUCAAAGGCUUUGGUUUAGAUCCAGAAAAAUUAUCUACCACUGUGCCACUCAUUUACAAUGAGAAGGAAUAUCUUCUUCGUCAUGGUUCUGUGGUCAUUGCUGCCAUUACUAGCUGUACAAAUACAAGUAAUCCAUCUGUAAUGUUAGGAGCAGGCAUUUUGGCUAAAAAGGCUGUAGAAAAGGGUCUGAGUGUUUUACCGUAUAUUAAAACAAGCAUGUCCCCUGGAAGUGGUGUAGUUACUUAUUAUUUACAAGAAAGUGGAGUUAUUAAAUACUUAGAAAAAUUAGGUUUUCUUAUUGUUGGUUAUGGCUGCAUGACAUGUAUUGGAAAUAGUGGGCCUCUUCCAGAGAGUGUUGUUCAAGCUAUAGAUAUGGGUGAACUUGUCGCUUGUGGUGUUCUGUCUGGAAACAGAAAUUUUGAAGGAAGAAUUCAUCCUCAUACUAGAGCUAAUUAUCUUGCUUCUCCUCUUCUUGUUGUAGCAUAUGCUUUAGCAGGAAGGGUUGAUAUUGAUUUUGAAAAUGAGCCGAUUGGUAAAGGACAGGAUGGACAAAAUGUAUAUCUGAGAGAUAUAUGGCCUUCUAGGGAGGAAAUUCAGGAAGUUGAAGCUAAACAUGUUCUUCCAGCUAUGUUCAAAGAAGUGUAUUCAAAAAUAGAGCAUGGAAAUAAGCGUUGGAAUUCAUUACAUGUGCCAGAGACUAAUAUAUAUCCUUGGGAUCAGAAAUCUAUUUACAUAAAACCUCCACCAUUUUUUAAAGAUAUGACUCUAGAGCUUCCACAAAUAAGAAGUAUUAAGAAUGCUCAUGUUCUUCUGUACCUUGGAGAUUCUGUUACUACUGACCACAUAUCACCAGCAGGGAGCAUAUCCCGAAGCAGUCCAGCUGCACGUUAUCUUGCCAGCCAUGGCUUAACACCCAGGGAAUUCAAUUCAUAUGGUGCUCGAAGAGGUAAUGAUGAAGUUAUGGCCCGUGGAACGUUUGCUAACAUUCGCCUCCAUAACAAGUUCCUUGAUAAGGCUGCUCCUAAAACUGUUCACAUAGAUAGCAAAACUGAGAUGGAUGUAUUUGAUGCAGCGGAGAAGUAUCGCAGUGAAGGAAGGCAGUUAAUUAUACUUGCAGGCAAAGAUUAUGGUUGUGGGUCAUCCCGUGAUUGGGCUGCAAAGGGUCCAUAUCUGUUGGGUGUUCGAGCUGUCAUUGCUGAGAGUUUUGAGCGUAUUCAUCGAAGCAACUUGGUUGGAAUGGGUUUAAUACCUUUACAGUAUCUUCCAGGUCAAAAUGCAGAAAGUCUAGGACUGACUGGAUAUGAACAGUAUACCAUAAGCAUACCAGAUACUAUAAUGCCUGGCCAAAAGACUACUGUUCAGGUGGAUGAUGGACGAGCCUUUGAAGUUAUCAUCAGGUUUGACACUGAGGUUGAGUUGACUUAUUUCCGUCAUGGUGGCAUCUUGCAGUAUAUGGUGCGUCAGAUGUUGAAGACUCAGUAAUUCUUCCAAAACAUAGGAUGGAGUGAUUAACAUUUAUUUGUGGCAUUUGAAUUGUUUAGAUUAAGGUGUGGGCUGUUUGCACAAUAUACAUGUACACAACAUUUAUUUUACAUGCCAAACAUAAUUUUGAUUUGCAUCAGUAAGAAAACCUAUACUAAAAUCAAAGAUGGUUUUUAAAAUUAUAUGGAAAUUAAAUUGACCUAAAUGCUGCGUUAAUUUUGCUUAAAUUUGUAAUAUAUUUGAAGCUAGUUAUGUUAAACCUUCUGUAUAGUAAAAUAAUUAAUUUAAAUACAAUUUUAUGAUUUUUGCUGAACUGUUCUGCAGCAAUUUAUAUUUUUUUUCAGUAGCUGUAUAAUCUCAAUUUUAAUUUCCUUUCGGUGAUGAAAGAAAUCUCAAGUAUUUUAACCACAGAUGCAUAAAUACUUACUUUCAUCUUGGACAAAGUUUUGCGUAUGCUUAAAAGUAUACUUACAGUAUGGUUUAAUUCAAAUUAUUUUUAAAUCAGUGGUUAUAGAUUUAACUUUGCUUGUAAUAUGAAGAUUUCUUUUGAGUGACUUUUAUGUUUUAUUAAGUAUUGUAAAACUUAUUUAAGGAAGAAUGAAAUAAAAAGUAUGAGACUUCCCAUAUUUUUUCUGGAAUUAUGUUUUUCCCUCCUUAAUUUAGCAAAUACUUAAAAUUGAUUUUAUGUGACUCACAGCUGCCACUGUCUUAAAUUGCAUAUAUCUGGUUAGUAUAUAAUCUUAAGUUUCAUUAUCAGGGAUCAAACCACAGUUUGUAGUAGUACUCAUUUUGAGACAAAACAGCAUGUGUAAUAUCUUAUAUAAAAAAUAGAAUUAUAUAAAUGUAUUAAUUGUACUUUAUAAUAUAAUUGUUAAGAAUGGUUUAAAAGCUACUUUGUGUAUUUCAUUUGAAUUCAAACAAAAGUUUUAAAAUAGUUUGACUGAUUAUAUAUAAAAUGUUUGUAUCUUUUUUUAAUAUGUUCUGACAGUGAUUAUUUCCUCAUUGUUAUUCAACUACUCAUUUAUUUUUGUCAAAAAUAAGUGUGACAGUACAGUGUAACAGUGGUGAUUGGUCAUAUUUUGUAUCUGCUGCUACAUCGUAUGCUGUAAAAUAUGUCAAUGAAUUAAAUAUGAUUUUCUAUA